AUGGCUCCAAGUCCUGUAUCACUACCCGAUUCCGACGACGACUCUCCUCCAGCUGGACUUCUCAGUCCCUGGCGACCUCCUCGACGAUCCAUUUCCACGGGCAGAAGUUCUCCAUUCGCUCCAAGUCGAUCAACUGCAUGGCGAGACGAGCUGAUCAACAAUGCUGAGAAGAUGAGGCGCCGUGCGUCUAGAGUGUGGGAUGGUAUGACUCUACUGCACAAGAUUCUCGCCUGUUUUGGACUGGUAGUGUUGGCCACACUGGGUGUUCUGUUCCUCGCGUUCAACGAACGUAUCUUCGGCUGGCUCGAACCUCUCGCCGAACGCUGGAAACACACAACCGGGGGCUGGACGAUUCUGUGGGCAAUCGUCUUUCUAUGUGCAUUCCCGCCAGCCAUUGGAUAUUCUACCGCCGGCACCACCGCUGGUUUCGUCUAUGGCGUCUGGGAGGGCUGGCUUAUUCUCGCUUCUGCCACCGUGGUCGGAUCCUUUUGCGCUUUCAUUGUGUCAAGAAGUAUCCUGCGGAAGUGGGUAGAGCGGAUGAUCGCGCACGACAAGAGGUUUGCCGCAUUCAGCCUCAUUCUCAAACAUGACGGGUUGAAGCUGUUGGCCAUGAUCCGACUGUGUCCUCUGCCGUACUCACUGUCGAACGGCGCCAUGUCCACUUUUCCUACAGUCAGCCCCGUCAUGUACGCCCUGGCUACGGCCAUGGUCACGCCUAAACUGUUGGUGCACGUCUUUAUUGGAAGCCGCUUGGCUGUCAUCGCCCGUACACGGGAAAAGAUGACGAUGGGAGAUCGAGCCAUCAACUAUGGAAGUAUUGCGUUGGGCGCUGUGGUGGGAAGUCUGACAGGGUUGUACAUCUAUCGACAGACCAUGGCUCGAGCCAAGGAGCUCGAGGCCGAGGAAACCGACACCGUUCGAGAUGCGACACGACGCACCGGUGCCCCGCCACCAGAUUUCAGCGACGACCCUGAGGCUCAGAUUGCCGCGGAGACGGUUGCCGACGACACGAUGGACUACUUUGACGAAUCGCCCAAUGAGCGGCCGAGGUAUCACGACGAUACGGACGAUGAUGACGAUGUCUUUGGAAAAGGCGAUGGGGAGGAUGAUGAACCUGUGAUCGCCAACAUCAGUCUACAUCAACAAAAGAAAUACGAAGGGGCAUGA